AUGGAUCUUCUAUGGUCAUCCAUUUGUUUCCAUUUUUCAUUUCUCUUCAACACCACAUUUGCCCUUCUAAUUAUUAUGUGUAACAAGCAAAAGAAUACUAACCGAGCGACCACGACAAAUACGAAUACAAUAAACACGAAUUCGCAGCAACGGAAAACCAUCUUUUCUACAGAAAAACGAGUCGUACCGGUGACUCCAGAAUCGGCUCCAACACCAGCACCGCCCGCACUCACUGAAAAUAACCAAGAAACGAAAAAAGAAGAAUCGAGCAAGAAUAAAGAAGAGAGCAAACCGGUCAAGGAACAAGAAAAGGAUAUUGUUGCGGUCAUUCCAACGCUGAGACAUGCAGAUUCAACAAAUAAAGAUGAUGGACCGAAACUCGUCGAAAAUCCGCUUGUAUCUGUCUUUACCGAAAUUCUUGAUGUUGAUGAAGGAAACAUUGAAAAGAAGGAUGAAAGGAAAGAUGAGAAAAAUGAGGAUAAGAAAGAUGACAAGAAAACGAAGGAUAAAAAGGAGAGCAAGAAGAUGACAGAUGAUAAAAGAAAGGUGAAGGGGUCCGCGGACGAGAGAACAAAAGAAGUCGCUGACAAUAAAAAGAAAACAAAUAAACCUUCAUCAGUCGCUAAAAUUCACCGGGUGCACAAAAGGAUCAGCAGCCAAAGAGGAGGAAAGCAAAAAAGAAAGGGGGCAAUGAGAAAGAGGAAGACAACUCGAAAAAAA